AUGAGUAGUGCAAUCAUGUCCAAGAUAAUAUUAAGUAUUGCCAACUUAUACUUCACUCUAUGUCUAGCCUUGCCAUUUAAUAAAGAUGCGAAAAUCGACAUUAUUCGCGCUGGACCUGCGGGCAUUCACAUGGCCUCUUGCCUUGAUACUGCCGGGUACGACCACAUUACCAUGUACGAGAAAACUUCCAGGAUUGGGGGGAAAGCAUACUCCUUUCUAGAUCCCGAUGACCCUGAGGUGUUCCACGAGAUGGGUACCUGCUACACACAUACAGCGUAUGAUGCUGUUUUUGACCUCCUCCGGACGUAUGUGAACGAGAACUUGGACGAGAAACUGAUUGAGUAUUCGAGUGACAAUUACUAUCAAGGCAACAAAUGA